AGGAAAGGCAGAUCGGUUUAUAAAUCGUAGAGUGAAUCAAGUGAGCUGCACGAUUUUCUCCGGGUUUCUAUUUGCGGAAUCGAUCGUCGAUACUUUGUAGACGAGUUUUUGGAAUACCAAAAUCUACGGAAACAUGAUUAAACUGGAGGUCGAUCUGGUCGAACAGAUACCGCAGCUACGACGAAUGUCAGCUACCGAACGAGCCAAGGAAAAGGAAGAGAUAAACAGCGUGGUUUCCGGUAAAAACGUCCUCGUCACCGGAGGUGCCAACGGUCUAGGAUCGGCUUUUGUAAAAGUCUUUUUGCAACACGAUAUAAACAAGGUAACGAUAAUCGACGUCGACAACGUCAAGGGACAAAUGUCAGCGUCGGCGAUAAACAAAACGGCCGGUUAUGAAAAAGCUACUUACAUUCGCGCAGACGUUACCAAACAUGAAGAAAUGAUCGAUGCGUUUAAAAAAUCUUCCGAAGCCAUGGACGGUAUUGAUAUCGUUAUAAACAACGCUGGUAUUCUUGACGAGAGAAGAUGGGAGAGGGAAAUCGCUGUUAACAUCAAUGGAAACGUUUCCUGCGCGCUUCUUGCCAUCGAGCACAUGGCAAUGGACAAGGGUGGUCGUGGAGGUGUCUUGAUAAACGUAGCACAGCAUUGCAACAGCGAGACGAGUGCCCAGCUGCCAAUAUACACAGCGACCAAAUGGGCGACCAUCGGCUUCUCGAAGGCUCUGGGGACUUCGCAUCAGUUCGAGAAAAAGGGCAUUCGCAUCAUAACUCUGUGUCCAGGACUCACAGAGACAGCUCUUACAAUCGACGGUCCGAAUAAGCUUCUUUCAAGGGUGAUGAAGGCAGAUUUUGUAAAAAAUCUUGAACAGCUUCCGAUACAAACGCCGUUCGCUGUGGCAAAGGGCUUGAUGUCUAUUAUGUGUAGCGGCGAACACGGCAGCAUUUGGGUAAUAGAGAACGGAGCGCAUCCUUACGAAGCCUGCAUUCCUGAGCCGCAAGCCCUGCGUCGUACCUUCAAAGACAAUUACGCGAUGGAUCAAGAGGUGCAGCACGUGAAGAAAAAGCUGGCGAGGGAUAAUCACGAGAAUACACAGGCUCCGAUUGGCCUGGCGACGUGUGGUUAGAAGCCGAAAAAUAGGCGUUCCAUUUUCAAAUUAAUCAGGUAUAACAUUAAAAGUUUGUUACAAUCUGCAGUUGUUUUUUUUUUUUUUUUUUGGCCUGGAACGAUUGGCUAUUUCUCGUUUUCUUCGCUUCACUUUUAAUUUUAUCGAUACAAGUGAGAAUACACUGCAAAUCGAAAUUUUACACGUUCGCUGAUAAGUAUCGAAUUCUAGAUUCUAUAUUGUACUGAUAAAACAUAUUUCUAAUAAGAGAUGGAAAAAUGCUCACUUUUGGGUAUAAAACUGCAGCUUACGAAAGUGUUCAGUUGAAAAAUUAGGCAGUAUUAUUGAAUAUUGCAAUUUAUUUUUAUGACUGAUUUUAUAAUUACCUAUUUGAAUAAUUGGGAAUGAUGGAAUUUCUCUGUCAUCGCGUCUUUAGAUAAUUUUACCUAUGAUGUAUACAAACUAAUUCUAAGUCUGAAGUAUAGAUGCAUAGAAUAUAUUUGUUCACCCCUGUAAUGUGUAACCGUACUAGAAUUAAGUGUGUUCAAUAAAAAAUAAACUAUUUUUAUAAACGAA